AUGCCUCGGUGGAGGCAUGAAAAGAAAACAAAAAAAGGUGCCAAAGAAAAAACACCCGCUGGAAAACUAGACGAGAUAGAAAAAAUAAAAUCAUAUCGUUACAUGGAAGGUGAACCUGAGGAUGACGUCUGUUUAAAACCCUUAUACCCAAGGCAGAUAUAUGAGGUGGAGAAAGUUAUCCACUUACUGAAGAAAUUUCAAAUUCUGGACUUUACUUAUCCAAAGCAAGGUGUUUAUCUUGAUUUGACAUUGGAUAUGGCACUUAAGAAAAAGAAAAGAGUGGAGCCAUUUGCAAGUGUUAUCAGUUUUCCAUACCCAUUUGCUUCAGAGAUGAAUAAGGUUGCUGUGUUUACAGGGAUUUUGGAUGAUGAAAUGCAUGCAGACUUUUAUGUAGCUGUUCCUGAAAUAAUGCCUGAGCUUAAGCCAUUAAGGAAGAAACUGAAGAAAAGAUAUCCCAAGUUUGAUAGAAAUUCAGUUGGCUGAGACAUUCCCAAAAUGCUUGAAUUAUUUAAAACUGGAAAUGAAAUUAUAGUAGAUGAAGAAAAGGAGCAUGUUCUCAGCACCAAAAUAGCAACAUUGGACAUGACGAGUGACCUGAUAACUGCCAAUCUGAGAACAGUUAUUAAUGAAGUCAGUAAGCAUAGAGCAUUGAAUUUGGGUCCCUUUGUGGUUCGUGCUUUCCUUCGUAGUUCAAUGAUUGAAGGCCUGCUGCUGAGGAUGGACCGCUUGUUGCCUAAAGAAGCUGAAGCUGAAGAAAAGGACAAAGAAUCUGAAGAAGUUGAAACUGAAGAAAGGGAUGUAGUCCUGACUGCUGUGGACAGUCUAGUCCCUCAGGAUAUAGUUGAUAUUCCUUUAGAAUACAGAGUGAUUUCACUGGCGAUUGUUUUGUUUUUCCUGAUGGACGUUCUGCUUCGACUAUACAUUGAAGGUUGGACCUCUAUCUUGCGACCUCUGCGGUUUAUUACUGUGUUGAGACUUCUUCAUCUUGUGAACCAGAGGAGACACCUUGAACAAGCCACCAGACGGCUGGUGUCAAGAGAUAGGAAACGAUUCAAGGAAGAAGGAUUUGAUCUUGACUUAAGCUAUAUUACUGAGCACAUUAUUGCCAUGUCGUUUCCUUCCUCUGGCACACAGUCCUUCUACAGGAACCCUAUAGAGGAGGUGGUCCGGUUCCUGGACACCAAGCACUGUGGCCAUUAUGUCGUAUACAACCUCUGCAGUGAGGAAUCGUAUGAUACAUCUCACUUUCAUGGUCCAGUGAAAAGAAUAAUGAUCGAUGAUCAUAACGUUCCCACCCUUGAGGAAAUUAUUGGGUUUUCUAAAGAAGUCGUGGACUGGUUGGCCAAAGAUGCUGAAAAUGUCAUCGCAAUUCACUGCAAAGGAGGCAAAGGAAGAACAGGGACAAUGAUUUGCAUCUGUCUCAUUGCGACUAGGGUAUUUUUAACAGCCAAGGACAGUCUCCAGUAUUUUGGAGGGAAAAGAUUCAGUGUAGAAUAUCGAAGUGAAUUUGAAAGAAUAGCCACUCCAUCCCAGAUUCGUUAUAUAAAAUACUUUGAACUAAUGCAAAAUACGUUGAACUGGAGCUUACCCCCUAGAAUAAAACUCAAAAUACAUAAAAUUAUUGUCUACUCUAUCCAAGGUAUUGGCCUUGGAGAUGGAACCGAUCUGAGAGCAGAAAUAAUAAUGCAGCACAAGACCGUAUUUGUUUGCAAUGUAGAAACUUGUGUGGUGAGUGAAAGCAUUUGAACUGAGAAUUCUGGUGUUUGCUUCAAAGCUCACAGUCAAGCAGAUAUGUUGCUCUC